AUGUACAAGCUGGACCGCCGGCCCCCCGUGCACGACCGCCACCGAGCCGUGGAGAAUCACCACCAAGUCGCCUACAUCGGCGAAGGGCUCGUCGACCCGAACGACAUAGACCCCUUGACGAGUGAAGACGACGCGGAUGAUCUGUCUCCACAGCACCGCCGGAAGCUGCUGGACUCUUUGGCGAUCGACGUGGGCGAGAAGUAUCUCGACGAUAUCUACAGGGGCGAAGGGGACGAAGACGAUGACGGGGGUAACACCUCGAACGACGAAGACAGUGAUGACCCUCAAUCCGCGUACCAUCUGAGCCCCAUCGACAAGCGAGCCCGGACGGAGAAGGAACAAGCGUGGCUGAAGGUGAGGAAGUUGCUGAUCGAGGAGGAGGAGAAGGUAUCGACCCGGAAGAAAUCCGUGGACUCUCACGAAGAGUACGCCAUCGACUGCUACGGCACUGUCAAGCUGCUGGAUUCCUUGGCGCGGUCGGGGAGUAUUCACAGCAGUGUGUCGUCCGAGAGCUCAACUCCAAAGGUGAAUGCGGCGAUACCUCCGACACCUGCGAUGUUCACGAGACAAAUCGACCGAAUGGGUCACAGAAUGGCGCAGUUCCUGCAGCGCGGCGGGCCGCCAUCGCACGGAAGUUCGAGCUCCUACGGCCAGCAGCCUCUCACUCCUGGGAAGUCGUCGACUCACUCUGCUAUGAUGACGAUGCUGGGGCAAGUGACUGUCGCUUGUCAGCGAACGGAGCUCUCGGAGGCGGCAGUGGCGCGCAUUUCGACUCACGUGGCGACGAUCGACCGCAUCGUACGCGAAGAACUUAACGUCCAGCAGAAACUUGGAGCAGCUCGCCGACUCUCGAGCACCCAGGGGUCGAACGACUCGAGCGACUACGACUUCCGAGUGCCCACGUACCCACUGGGCAAGCUCCACGUGAAGGUGGCGUCCACUGUGCGUGAGGCGUUCAAAGCAUUUACCGCAGCGCAAGAUCUGAUGGACACGGUGGCUGCGUUCGACCGCCUUUUGGUCGAGUGUGGGCUCAGCGGCGUCACAGUCGAAGAGCCUUGGUACGUGUACUACCACAUCCGAUCCGCUGUAUACAGCAAGCUGGGCUUCCGUCAGAAGCAGCUCUUCAAGCUUCUGGACGCGCGGUUCAACACGGACGUCUACAAGCGGAGACCGGCCGCCAAUAAACGCGCGUGUAUUGUCGGAGCGGGCCCGGUUGGACUCCGUGCUGCGGUGGAGUUGGCGCUGCUUGGGAGUCACGUGACUGUGCUGGAGAAGCGCACCAAGUUCAACCGCGAGAACAUGCUGCACUUGUGGCCGUGGGUGGUGCAGGACCUGGCGUCGUUGGGAGCGAAGGUCCUGUUCCGACACUUCUGCAGAUCCAGGACGUACUUCCACGUGAGUACGCGCCAAUUACAAGUCGUUCUACUCAAGGUGGCGCUGCUGGUGGGUGUCCAGAUCCACACAUCGACGGACUUCGAGGCUAUCGUCCCUCCCGGGCCGGAGCAGAGUGGGGAGAACCCGUUCUACUCGAUCAAAACCCAGCCCCAAAUUCCUGUCGAGGAGUUCACUGCCGUGCUGGGGGCUACGGGUGUUAACGAUCAAGUGGCGGAGUUCGCAGGCAUCAACCGCUUUGUAUUCAACCAAAAGGAGUCACUGGGCAUCGUCUGCUACUUCCCCAACCUGGAGACAACGGAGGAGACCAAGGUCAAGGAGUUCUCGUGGACGGCGCAGCUCAAGCACCAGAUGCUGCACAAAAUGCGCGACGUCGGCCUUGAUCUGGAAAAUAUCGUGUACUUCCGAGGCGAGAUGCACUACCUGGUCAUGACGCCAAAGAGGCACAACCUGCUGGCGCGUGGGGUGGUGAAUAGGAACCACCCCAACUCCGCUGACCUUGUCAAGGAAGACAACGUGAACCACAACGCAUUACACGCGUUCGCCAACGCUAUCGUCAAGUUCGCUGGCAUCCCCCGGAAGACGGACUUCACGCGCGUGAGUCUGUUCGACUUCAGCUCCCUCACUCGAGCGGAGAAAGCUGCGAGCGUCUUGACGUCCUACGGCAAGAAACUCUACGUCGGACUCAUCGGUGAUUCUCUGCUGGAACCUGUAUGGCACGAAGGCGUCGGAACCUGUCGUGGAUUCUUGGGAGCACUGGAUGGCGUGUGGAUGGUGGCGCAGAUCGGUCUGAAAGCGGAUAAGCAGCUACUGGCCGACCGAGAAGCGGCAUACAAAGUGAUGCAACGACUCUCAGGCCACCACCGAGACGAGAUGCAGAAGAACGUACGCAAGUACACUGUUGACCCAAGGUCACGGUACAUGAUCGACUUUCCUCGAGUCGUUUAG